AUGCCCGGAUAUGUAAUUUCAGUGUUGACAGCUAUUGGAGGCACUGCGGAUGGUGAACCUUGCCUCUUCCCGUUUCUGUUUAUGGAGAAGGAGUAUGCAGAGUGCACUGCAGAUGGGAGGGAAGACGGCAGGCUUUGGUGUGCAACAACCUACGAUUACAAGAAAGAUCAGAAGUGGGGCUUCUGUGAAACUGAAGAGCAGUCUAAUAAGAGAAGGCAGAUGCAAGAAGCUGAGGAUGUUUAUCAGACUGGAAUGAAAAUCCUUAAUGAAAGCAGUAAAAAGGCUCAGAAGAAAGAAGCAUAUCAAUAUCUUCUGAAAGCAGCUGACAUGAAUCAUACCAAGGCAAUGGAGAAAGUGUCUUAUGCUCUGUUGUUUGGGGAUUACUUGAAGCAGAACAUCCAGUCAUCAAAAGAGCUAUUUGAAAAGCUAACAGAAGAAGGUUCUCCUAAAGGACAAAUGGCUCUCGGAUUUCUCUAUGCAUCUGGUCUAGGAGUCAAUUCUAGUCAAGCUAAGGCCCUGGUGUAUUACACUUUUGGAGCUUUAGGAGGAAAUCUGAUUGCCCAUAUGAUCUUGGGUUACCGGUACUGGGCUGGAAUAGGAGUCCUUCAAAGCUGUGAAUCUGCUCUCACUCACUACCGACUUGUAGCUAAUCACGUUGCCAGUGACAUUUCUUUGACCGGUGGCACUGUGGUUCAGCGAAUUCGCUUAGCAGAUGAAGUAGAAAAUCCAGGGAUGGCAAGUGGGAUGCUAGAAGAAGACUUGAUUCAGUAUUACCAGUUUUUAGCAGAGAAAGGAGAUGUACAAGCACAGGUUGGCCUUGGACAGUUACACUUGCAUGGAGGAAGAGGAGUAGAGCAAAAUCAUCAGCGAGCAUUUGAGUACUUCAAUCAAGCAGCUAAUGCUGGCAAUUCACAUGCCAUGGCCUUUCUAGGAAAGAUGUACUCGGAAGGAAGUGAUGUUGUACCUCAAAGCAACGAAACGGCUCUUCAGUAUUUCAAGAAAGCUGCUGAUAUGGGUAAUCCAGUUGGACAGAGUGGAUUAGGGAUGGCUUACCUCUACGGAAGAGGUGUUCCUGUG